AUGACACAGAUCCACAGGAAGUUGCAUGUCGAUACGGAUUUUGAUUAUUCACAACGCAUCACGGAGGACCUUAUGGAACAGCAUGCGCUAGGAGAGCAGAAUGCGAUUGCAGUUACAAAUUCCUCGCCUAGAGAGACAGUUGAUGAAACAGAGCUAGAUGAUGAGUUGGCAGAGAUUGGGCAGCAGCAGUUGGAUGCGGAUGAGAUUUAUAGUUUGCCUGUGGUGGUGAAUGGAGAGCGUGAUCCCCCCAAUCUUUCAUCCAAGCUGGAGUACGGAGCGAAUGCGCUAGAAGUGAAGAAGAAGCAGCACGCGCGCCAGGAGGGCGACGACGAGGAAGAGGAGCUGACGAGGUUGCAGGUCGAGAUGGCGAUGUAGGACAGUCCACCCCAACAGAGUUUCUAUAUCGUUUGUUUGGUUUCGGGAGUUUGGUUCCGUCUCUAAAUCACGUGAACUUUACAAGUGUAGUGACACCAAACUGACACGAAAAUGUUGCUUCGUAUCAGUCACCCCUGGUCACCCUCGCCUCACUAUUCAGGCGGCAAGGGGCCGUGAUUCUGCGCUAUGCCUAUUACCACGAUUGAGAUCAUUAAUCUGAUGUUAUGCAAGCUUGUGUAUGGCAGAGCAGACGGGAUGCCCAAUUAUCUCGACUUUAUGG